CGCGCUCCGUAGCCGUCAGUUGUGGAACGUAAGCAGUAGAGAGAACAUUCGCGUGGAUUGGUGUAGUGGUACUUAACUGUAACAUCGCUUCAAAAUGUCGACGGAAGUGUCCCGCAAUAUGGGUAAAUACGACUACUCGGUGCUGUGCCGGCACUGCGAUGAAGAGACGCCGGACCCCAUCCCGUGCCAGCUGUCAGGAACUCCCCCGGAAUGGCUGAAGGGUCGCUUAGUGUACAAUGGGCCGGGACUCACCAAGGUCGGCCAGAACGAGUACCGACAUGCGUUCGAUGCUUCGGCCAUCCUGCAGAAGUUCGAGAUCGAGGACGGCCAGGUGAACUACAGCAGCCGCUUCAUUCGAUCCAAGACCUACGAACAGAACCAGGCAGCAGGGGCCAUCACCAGAGCUGAAUUCGGAACCCCGGCGCCGGCCUCCAAGGGCAUGUUCUCAAGAUUCCUGGAUGCAAUGGACCCCGAGAAGAUGUUUUCCGACAACGCACUCGUAUCCGUGGUGAACAUCGGACCACAACACUACGCUAUGUGCGAGACGCCCUUCAUGCUGCAAGUCAACACCGAGAGCUUAGAGACAGAGGAAAGGAUCAACGUGAACAAGAAGCACGGGCUGAUGACGCAGAGCCCUCACCCUAUUUUAGCCAGCGACGGGGUCUACACGGUGGGCCAGGGCGUGGGCGUGACGGGGCCCAAGUACAGCAUCCUCAGAUACCCCCUAGACGGUAAUUUGAAACAAGGAAAAAUUGUGGCAUCAGUACCUGCUAGAUGGAGGUUGUCCCCUGCGUACAUGCACUCAAUGGCCAUGACUGAGAACUAUGCGAUCUUAAUAGAGCAGCCUCUGGCCGUUUCCCUCUCUGAGCUCUUGAGUGAUAUUGUGAGCAACGCGCCUUUCAUCGAUGGCCUGAAGUGGCACAACGAACCAGUGCUCAUCCAUGUGGUUGACAGACAGACAUGGAAGCACGUGAAGACAAGAUACGUGACAGACCCGUUCUUCUUCAUGCAUGUGGCCAAUGCCUAUGAGGAAGGCGACCACAUCAUUAUGGAUAUUCCUACAUACAAGGACGCUACGAUCCUCCACAACAUGUUUAUCAGCACACUAAGAGAACAAAGGGGGAAAAACUCUCCCGAGUUCGUGGAAUCCUUCAGGUCCGAGCUGCACAGACUUGUGGUUCCGAUCAACACCAAAGGGAAGGAGAAGCUCAUUACACUCCCGGGAACGUCCUGCACUGCCAACUGGUCAGGCCAAGAGGUAGAGUUUGGUCGGUGUACUUCUUGAGAAAAAAAAGCUUUA